AUGAAAUAAUAAAAUGAUUUACCAAAUGCAAUUAUAGAGACUUAAAAAAUAUAUCAUCUUCAAGCUCCAGAUAAAGAUUGUUUCUCUAUAUAUCAAUCUAAUGGGAUAAUUACAGAACACAAAUAUUAUUCAGGCUUUUAAACAGUACAAAAGAAAAAAAUCAUUAAACAACAACAAGAAAUGAAUCUUAACAUUUAUCUAGAUAUUUUAUCGGAUAUUUCUAAUUAAAUUAAUAAUAAAUCAGCAAAUUUAAAAUUUUGUUUCCUUCCGAAUAAAGAAUAAUAAUUGAAUUAAAAAAAAUUUUAUUCAUAAUUAAUAUAUUCCAUUACCUUUCAAAAUGGAUAUCAAUUUAAAGAGAAAGAAAUUGAUUAAACUAUUUUAAGGAUAAGUAAACAACUUGAAUUAAUUUGCUUGGAUGUUUAUAAUAAUGGAGAUUAAGACUUAAAAAAAUAGAUCGAUGAGUUAUUCGAUGAGUUUUUGGAUUUUUUUAUGUGA